ACUGUGCGCCUGGAGCCCUGCGAGGCCCACAGGGAGCUGCAGCACUGGGAGUGCCGGGCAGACGGGCUGCUGGCCCUCGCCAAGGAGAACCUCUACUUCAACUAUGGCAACAACCAGAACCACGUGGUGAUGCUGUACACGGGGGACGGGCCCUGGAGCCGUUGGGUCGUCUAUGGGAGCCAUGAGGACCUCUGCUUCUGCUCCUCUCAUGUCUGCACCCCAUGUCGCAGGGGGUGGACUUUCUUCCAAGACAGAUGCUACUUCCACUCCCGCUCCCUGGGCACCUGGGAUGCUGCCAACCGCUCCUGUGCCUCUCUAGGUGCCCUGCUCCUCCAGGUGACCAGCCUUGCUGAGCAGCUCCAGCCCUAUGAGAGUCCAAACAGCAAAGAUGAAAAACAUUUCUUGUGUCCCUGUUUUAUUCCCCUCUUCCGGCAUUCAAGCUGACGGGAUGGGCUUUCUUACACGUAGCACCUUCAUGGGCGUGAGAGGGCCAUCUCUUUGGAUCAUGACGUUCCACAAUGGCCCAUUUCGUUUCGACAGCCCUUCUCAAUGGGCGGGGAACCAUUCUGCCUGACUGGGUUCAUGAGUUCAGAGCAGGCACUUUUACAAUGAUUAAGUAAAACUUACAAAUCACCUUAUAGCAUGGGAUACAAACAGUACCAGGGAAAUGAAGGCAUGCAGCAGCUUACAAGCAUUCCAUAGAGUCUAAACACAGCUUUACACGUCUAACAGCUGUCUUGAACAAUACUGACCUACAGGGGAGCUGGUCUAGUUUCCAGCUAUGUAUUUGUCAGGGCUCAGCUGAUGCCCGCAGCCUUGGCAAGAGCUGGCACCUGGUCUGCCAGCAUCACACAGCCCAUCCCCCCCUUGCUGUGCUCCCUCCCUCGGCCCCUCUCCAGUUCACCUCAUUGGGCUGCAGAAGCUGCAGAGGGGAAGGCUCUUGCACUGUGGGGUGGAUUGUGGGGCUGCCCCGAGUCAAUUCAUAGAUUCAUAGAUUCUAGGACUGGAAGG